GGGAGCAUAGAAGGGAGGAGGGAAAAAAAGGAAAACAUUUAGCAGAGGGCGUUGCAUAAUCUAACAGAAUAUCCUGACUCAGGGUUAACUUCUCCGUUAUUUACAGUUCUUCACAGUGCAAAAAGGGUCCAUUCUGUAUGUGUUUGCAUUUACCUGGUUAGAAAUAGCUUUAAAUGAACGAUAUCAUCACUAUCAAACGGAUUUGUUUGUAUUGUCAAACUCCACUUUUCUGCCUUCAGCAGCGCUUGAUGACAGCCGAGAUAUACAGCUGGAGAAGAGCAGUUUACGAUCAGAUCAUCCCACACUGCAAUUCACCAUCAGUGACGCUCCUACCACAUCCGGCACAUAAUCAGUGAAGCCUCUCCCACAGCAGUCACAUCAUCAGUGAAGCUCCUCCCACAUCCGGCACAUCAGCGAAUCCCCUCCCACAGGAGUCACAUCAUCAGCGAAGCUCCUCCCACAGCAGUCAAAUAAUCAGUGAAGCUCCUCCCACAGCAGUCACAUCAUCAGCAAAGCUCCUCCCACAGCAGUCAAAUCAUCAGUGAAGCUCCUCCCACAGCAGUCACAUCAUCAGCGAAGCUCCUCCCACAGCAGUCAAAUCAUCAGUGAAGCUCCUCCAGCAGCAGUCACAUCAUCGGUGAAGCUCCUCCCACAGCAGUCACAUCAUCGGUGAAGCUCCUCCCACAGCAGUCCCAUCAUCAGUGAAACUCCUCCCGCAGCAGUCACAUCAUCGGUGAAGCUCCUCCCGCAGCAGUCACAUCAUCGGUGAAGCUCCUCCAGCAGCAGUCACAUCAUCGGUGAAACUCCUCCCGCAGCAGUCACAUCAUCGGUGAAGCUCCUCCCACAGCAGUCCCAUCAUCAGUGAAACUCCUCCCGCAGCAGUCACAUCAUCGGUGAAGCUCCUCCCGCAGCAGUCACAUCAUCGGUGAAGCUCCUCCCACAGCAGUCACAUCAUCAGUGAAACUCCUCCCACAGCAGUCAAAUCAUCAGUGAAACUCCUCCCACAGCAGUCAAAUCAUCAGUGAAACUCCUCCCGCAGUAAGUCACCAAUAAAUGCUGGAAUAUCUCCAUCAGUUUCCAAGUGAAGACGAGCAUCAAAUCAUCAGAAGAGCUAAAAUCUGUAAACUGAGUUUAUUAAAGAGGACAGAGAGAAGAUGAGAGAUCCAGAACCCUGCAGAAUCAAACACACUCAAGAACAAACAGAGCUGAUGGAAGAGAAUGAGGAGAGUGAAGAACUGAGUGAAGUGGAGGAGCAACAUCAUGACAAACCCGCAGAAAAACCUCUGAGUCGCUCAAAGACUAAAACAAUUUUUUUAAAGAAAAGAAGAGCCAAGAGAUCUUACACCUGCACUCAGUGUGGAAAGAGUUUCAUACAAAAACACAAUCUUGAUGUUCACAUGAGAGUUCAUACUGGAGAGAAACCCUUCAAGUGUGAUCACUGUGGGAAUCAAUUCACACAAAAUAUACACCUUAAGAUACACAUGAGGAUCCACACUGGAGAGAAACCCUUCACCUGCAAUCAGUGCGGACAUAGUUUCCCAAGGAAAGAUACUCUAGAGAUUCACAUGAGGAUCCACACAGGAGAGAAACCAUUCAAGUGUGAUCAGUGCAGAACGAGUUUCUCAUACAAAGCAUUUCUUCGUUCUCACAUGAUGAUUCACACUGGGGAGAAACCACACUCUUGUGAUCAGUGUGGAAAGACAUGCACAUGCAAAGAAACUCUUAAGAGUCACAUGAGAGUUCAUACUGAAGAGAAGCCGUUCACAUGUGAUCAGUGUGGGAAGAGUUUCACACAAUCAUCACAACUUAAGAGACACAUGAGGAGCCACACUGGAGAGAAGCCGUUCACGUGUGAUCAAUGUGGGAACAGUUUCAGUGAAUCAGGAAGCCUUAAACUACACAUGAGAAUCCACACGAGAGAAAGACCAUUCACAUGUGAUCAGUGUGGGAAGAGUUUCACACGAUCAACACACCUUAAGAGACACAUGAGGAUCCACACUGGAGAGAAGCCAUUCAUGUGUGAUCAGUGUGACAAAACAUUUCUUAUGGCAUCAGGCCUGAAGAAACACAUGCUAGUUCAUACAAAGGAGAAGCCGCAUGCAUGUUCUGUGUGUGGAAAGAGAUUUUCACAGAAGCAAAUUUUACAGGUACAUCAGAAAAUACAUACUGGUGUGAGAGAGUACAUGUGCUUUGAGUGUGAAAAGACUUUUACUUCGGCAAACGGUUUAAAACGGCAUGAGAUGAUUCACACUGGAGAGAAACCACACACGUGUGAUCAGUGUGGAAAGAGUUUCAGACACAAAUCAUCUCUUAAGUCUCACAUGAGAGUUCACAUCAGAGAGAAGCCGCACACGUGUGAUCAGUGCAGAAAGAGUUUCACUUUUAAAAGUCAUCUGAAGCUGCACAUGAGGAUCCAUGCAGUGGAGAAACCAGACCACCACAGUCUGAAAUCACGACCUGAUGGAUGUGAACAAGAAAGGAGGAACAGAAGCCAAAAAAUCUGUCAGCUGCCUUCAGUGUAAAAAGAUUGACAUGUAAAUCAAGGCUGAAGAUUCACAUGAGAGUUCACACUGGAAAGAAACGGCUCUGGCUUUCACUCUGAAAUAACAUCUGCCUCCUCAUUCUGAAGAAAGACCAUUUAACUGUGAUCAGUGCGGUGAACAGUUUAGUUGAACAUCCGUCCUGAAGAAACUCCUGAAGAUUCACACAAGGAAAAGACUCAUUCGUAAUUUAAGGAAGUCCUUUAUUACAGACCCUGAAUCGAAAGUGCAGCAGGAAAUUCACUGCAACGGCUGUUACGGAUUCAGGCUAUCAGAAAUCCUGGAAACACAUGAAAGGAUUCACUCUGGAGAGAAACCACAUCAGUGUUUCUUUAGUUAUCUAUUCUACGGUCAUGUUCACUGUAACUAGAUAAUAUCCAGAUCCAGCAGUGCGACAGCAAACAUGACACAAAAACAUUUUAGAAAAAUGUCCUAAUUGGCUGCAAUGAGUGAAAUGACAAAGAAACAUCAUCCAAAUUUGCCAAAGUUGAUUCAGGUUGACCUAAAUAUGGAGUUCCUCCAUCAAAAACAAUAUCUAAAGUGUCUUGCUUUAUUAUAUUGAUAAAUAAAGUGUUAUGUAUGCAGUAAGAAAAUACUACUUUAAGUCCUUUUAAGAAGGAGAGUAUCCUUUCAAGAGAGAAUUGAAUCUGAUAUUAAUUUUAACUUGUUCUUCACUAUUUUUAUUAUAACAUGUAAUUGCUCGUCCACUAUUGCUCUUCCAUGCUGGCCACUUUGUUUCUCUUCUUCUCUUGAGAUGCUUUUAUUGUCUUACAAGUCAUUAAAGUUCAUUUUCACUUUUACUUUUGUAUUUGUUUCAAGUAGCUAAUGAUUUAUUAAACUCCUUAUUCAUUGUAUCAA